GGCGGGAGCCCAGGAACCGGAGCAAGAUGGCGUUCCGAGUGCUGCGCGCCCGUGGAGCGGCCUCGCUCGGAGGCCUCCUGCAACGAGCCGCGCCUCGCAGCCUCCUGCCCAGGCUCCGGAGAUUGACAUCUUCCAGUAACAAAGCAAAAGAAGACAGCUGGCUGAAAUCCUUGUUCGUCCGGAAGGUCGAUCCCAGAAAAGAUGCUCACUCCAAUCUCCUGGCCAAAAGAGAAACAAGCAGUCUGUACAAGAUACAGUUUCACAAUGUUAAGCCGGAAUGCCUAGAAGCAUACAACAAAAUUUGUCAGGAGGUGUUGCCAAAGAUUCAUGAAGAUAAACAUUACCCCUGUGCUUUGGUGGGGACUUGGAACACGUGGUAUGGCGAGCAGGAUCAAGCUGUCCACCUCUGGAGGUAUGAAGGAGGCUACCCAGCACUCACAGAGGUCAUGAACAAGCUCAGAGAAAAUCAGGAAUUUGUGAAUUUCCGCAAGGCAAGAAGCGACAUGCUCCUAUCCAGGAAGAAUCAGCUGCUGUUGGAAUUCAGUUUCUGGAAUGAGCCUGUCCCACGCUCAGGACCCAAUAUAUAUGAACUCAGGUCUUACCAGCUCCGACCAGGAACGAUGAUUGAAUGGGGCAAUUACUGGGCUCGAGCGAUUCGCUUCAGACAGGACAGCAAUGAAGCUGUUGGAGGCUUCUUCUCUCAGAUUGGGCAGCUGUACAUGGUGCAUCACCUCUGGGCUUACAAGGAUCUUCAGACCAGGGAGGAAAUCCGGAACGCCGCCUGGCAUAAACAUGGCUGGGAAGAGCUGGUGUACUACACAGUCCCACUCAUUCAGGAAAUGGAAUCCAGAAUUAUGAUCCCGCUGAAGACCUCGCCCCUACAGUAAAGCUACGGAGCUCCUAUGUGCCUACACACGUUGACGUGACAAAUAUCUGACAUCGCUUAAUGUUAAUUGUGUAUCAAGUUGGCAGAGAAAUAACUGAUGUGUCCACUGCUGUAUAUAGCUUCAGAGAGACCUCUUUUCUUUGAAACUGACAUGAUUGCAAGAAAGGAAACUGGCGUUUGGGCGGAUGGUCAGCAGUGCUCUGCAGACUUCUUUGAAACACCUCCUUGGUGGUCAAGCUUCCCAGAUAACACCCUGCCAUCUCUCCCCACUCUCUGGGCAGAGAGGGCCCAGACUGAAACCUGAAUCCUCUCUAAAUCAGACGCCAACCGUGGGGAGAAAAAAAAAGAAAACAACACUAGCCAUUUAUUUAUAAAAAAAAAAAAAAAAAGUAAAUCUGUUUUAUAGUUACAGAUUUUUAGCAAAUUUCUUGUAUCAGGAAGAAAUGCAGAUCUUGUCAUCGUUGCAUUAUUGAUUUUGCCAAGUCUCAAAGCAAGAAGAAAUGGUGAAGAUGUUCUGAUUCCCUCUCAUGUUUAAUUAGCUUCCGAAGCUGUGCCCGGGACUAAGCUAGUAGUGGUGGGCAAAGGACAUUUCAUCAGUAACUCAGUCUUCACACCGCAUGUGGGGGUGUAUGUGUGAGAGGGCUUGGACAAGUGGCUCGCAUAUUAAUUCAAAAUGAACAUCUGGAACAGCACUCAUUUUUUCGUGCUAUUUUUCUAUAACAAGUAGCAACAAGAAGCGGUUUUAUUUGUGACCUCAGGUGAUCUCUGGUUCGUAGUAUAAUAAGCUCACAGCAAAUACUUCCAGAAUCAUCUCUGAAGAGUACAUGUUGAGACCGAAAUCAGCCUGACGCUGCCUUCUCUGCCUCACUGUAUUUGGUUUCAUUUUUUUUUAACAGUGUGUCAGUUUUGUGGCUGUCAUCAUGAGAAAGCUCUGUUGACAAAAUGAAAAGAAUUGGUGUGUAAAGUCAAAGUGUGAAUAAGUCUCAUGUCAGAUGUCAAACUUUUACAUGUGAAUGGCUUUCUCCAAGAGCAUAUACAAGCCAAUAAAAAUCAACUUGAUUUUCA